GCGUUUAGUAUCCAGACAGUGGCGGGACGGGUUAGUCGUCUCACGUCAAAGGUACCUUUGCUGUGCUGUGCGCGCUCGCACUUCAACCCGAUAUUGAACAGUCUGGGGGAAGGGUGUUAAGAUAUCUGGUGCCCUUGGAAAGGGGCUAAUAGAGGGUGUGUUUGUGUGUGACGUGGACAUUCCUGUGAGACUUCCGCGUGAGAGGGUUAAGACCUUAGUGCAGUGCAGUAAGGUUCAAGUGCUGUGUGGCAUAGGUGAUCGUAAUUUUGAAGUGAUCUUGCAGACUGUCAUAGUUAAAGUGUGGUGCGACCAUGACUCCACCACCGCCGCCACCUCCACCAACACCGGGAGCUACGGUGCCGAUCGCUCCACCAGUUGCACCCAACUUCACCGCAUCCGUACCGGGGCCGCCGAAAGGUACACCGGUCGGCAAUGGUGGCGAUCAUACCGAUCAGCUGAUGGCUGCCAUUCGUAACGGGAUCAAUCUGAAGCCGGCCAAAACAAACGAUCGCAGUACGGCCGCAUUCAUCAAGCAAGCUAACGGUGUACUUGAUGAUAAUGACGAACCUGCGCCAUCCGUUCUGUACGACAAAUCUACCUCCAUAGACGAGAUGAAGGAUGCGCUGCAGGCCGAGCUACGCAACACACUUAAGCGUAAGAUCAAAAAGCAAGAUCUCGAGGAAGGCGACUGUCGGAAGAAUGAGGAAAUUGAACGAUCGAUCGAACUUACGCGCAAUGAGGUACAGCUGAAACUGAACGGUCCAUCUCCAACGCCCGAUAUGCCCAAGGUUGACAAUCCAUUGAAAACGAUCGUUGAUCUCGUCGACAAGGAGCGUGGCAUUGCUCCGGUGAAGCAACCGAGCCCAGUACUGGGUGUACAGAAGAAAGCUGUCUCAGUACCAUCUACACCGACAGUACAGCCAGUUGUCAACGGAACUUCCACACUGCGGAAAGUGUCGGCAACGCAACUCCCGAAUCACAAUGGAACAACGACUGUUAUUCAAAUUCAAAAUGCACCGUCACGGAACGUUGCUACAGCGGCAGUUUCCACGCCAGUCACAAAACCAGCGAUCACGUCGAUGAAUGGUACCUCCGUUAAACCAGUCAAUGGUGAGGUAAAAGAGCAACAAAGUCCAACACCAGUUCCGGUCUGUAAAGUGAUCUCAAACGGGUCUUCUACUGCGGCUAGUCCACAAGGUUCUCUCUUAACAGCCAGCGUAACGUCUAAAGCUGGUGCUAGUCAAACGGAUUCGCCGAUAAAGGUAACUCCUGGACGUAUUAAUGUGGCCCCGUCUAGUCCUGCAAAGCUGGCAAAUGGAAGUAUUCCGACGGGUAGUUCUGUGUCGAACGGAAUUGCAUUCAAAAUUAACAGCUUCCAACCGAAAUCACCUCCAACAAGCUCUACAAAUCAAGAUCCUGCUAAGAUAACGAACGGAAAUUCCUACUCAAACACGCUUCCAAGGGCAAAUGGAGUAUCGGCUUCGAAGGCCACUCCCAAAACAUCGACCGGAGCCAUUCCGACUACGUACACUAGCACCGUAAAAGUGUCCAUCGGAAGUUUUGGAGAUAGUUUGCGUGGAGCCAGCGGUAAUCCAAAUGCGGGACUACGAAACGGCAAUCCUACCAAGUCCUACGAACCACUUACCAUCGAUACGACAUCGAACGGGGGAGCAAGCACCGCCAAUUCGUCGCCAACCACUCCGAAAGAACUGCUGUCGCCACAGGUACGAAGUGGUGCCGCUUCGAUACGGCCGUCACAGAUUCGAACCCUUACCAAGGCGGGCAGUGUCGUCAGUCACACGGACAUCCUGGAGACGGCCAAACCGGUCAACAAGCUGCCUGUAACGUUGGUCGAACCGGCCCCCGUACUGACUGCUGCUGCUGCCGUAUCACCCCCACCGAAGGUGCCCAUCGCCAACAACACGGCGCCUCUUCCUUCACCAUCACCCGCCAAAGUGGAGCGUACUCCGUUGUUUGAGAAGGCUAACAAAGAGCCACCGAAAAGUUCAUUGAAUCGGUGGGCUGACAGUAGUAGUAGUAGUGGCAAUAGUUCAGUUUCCGGCGGUACAGCACGCAAACUGUUGCUCACACACGGACGACCCAACUUUACGAUCAAACGAUCCAACUCACGGCAAGGGUUCGAUGUGGAUGUGGCAGAUUCGAAAACCGAUUCCGCUAAGCCGGUCUUUCGCAUUCUAACAGACUUGGAGAAGAUGGAACAGCAGGCAGAUGAGGGUAACCAAACCGUAGUGACCGGUCCAUCGCAACAAGCGUACGUUUCCUUUGCGAAGGAUCUUGCGAACGCGCCAAACAACCAUCCGGAUGUAGUAGUGGUAACGAAAACCAGCUCGAGUACGGCCCCGACCGAUCCGUUCCUAGCGAACCUGAAGGACAUUAAGAUUGACAUUAGCGAGAUGAAGAUAGUGAAUGCGAAAAAUUCGUAGAUUAUUGAAGACAUUUUUAGAGACAAUUGACAACCCUGGGACUUGUAGGUUAGACAUAGGACGGAAAAAGAAGAAUUUUUCAAUAGCGUUGUUAAGGUAAACUGUACACAAUGUUUCGUCUAAUGUUAUUACAUAUAAAAUAAAUAAAUAUUCCAAAUCGUAAACAUA